UUUGAUUCAAAAUUUUAAUAUUGUGUAUUUUUAUCUUAUUAAAUAUAAAAUAUGCCGAAAAAACACGAUUUACAAUUAAAGAGAAGGGACAAAAUCAGGAAAAAGAAGCACAGGAUAAUCUUGACUAUUACUUGGCCAGAGUAUAUUAUUCGUAAAGUUUGGAGAUAUCAAACUUUUAUCUUUUAUAGUAAUAAAAAGCCCAAACGUAAUCCAUCAGUAAUUCAGCGGUUAAUGGCGAAAAAACGAUUUAGAAGAAGGAAAACAUGUAAGCCAAAAAAGUCAUUAAAAAUUCGCAAACAAAGAGCUGUUUUGGAGUCUAUGCAAUUAAAAAAUAGGCGACCUAUAAAGUCAUUAAGGUACAAAGAAUAUGACCCUUAUGCUAGUGAAGUAGCAGCUAGAAUUUCCAGGCGAAGAACUGAAUUUGAUAAAAAACGAAAAUUUCUUUGACAACUGCUUAGAUAAGUAUCUAUUUUGUAUAUUUAUAUUUAUACACCCACCCAACUGAACUAUAUCAACUUUUUGUUAUA